AUGCAGGUCCCCUCCCAGCGAUAUGGACGUGUUGAAAGUGUCAAAAUUCUCCCCAAAAGGGGGUCAGAAGGUGGCGUGGCAGCCUUUGUGGAUUUUGUGGACAUCAAGAGUGCUCAGAAGGCACACAACUCCGUCAACAAAAUGGGAGACAGAGAUCUUCGGACGGAUUAUAAUGAACCAGGAACCAUUCCUAGUGCUGCUCGGGGAUUGGAUGAUACAGUUUCCAUAGCAUCUCGUAGUAGAGAGGUUUCUGGGUUCAGAGGAGGUGGUGGUGGGCCCACAUAUGGCCCCCCACCAUCGCUUCAUGCACGGGAAGGACGCUAUGAGCGGAGACUUGAUGGGGCUUCAGAUAACAGGGAGCGUGCUUAUGAACAUAGUGCCUAUGGACACCAUGAACGGGGGACAGGAGGAUUUGAUCGAACAAGACAUUAUGAUCAGGAUUACUAUAGAGAUCCUCGGGAGCGGACUUUACAACACGGACUCUAUUACAGUUCUCGGAGUCGGAGUCCGAGCCGCUUUGAUGCUCAUGACCCCCGAUAUGAACCUCGGGCCCGGGAGCAGUUUACCUUGCCCAGUGUGGUGCAUAGGGAUAUCUACCGGGAUGAUCUCACACGGGAAGUACGAGGCAGAAGGCCAGAGCGGAAUUACCAGCAUAGCAGGAGCCGGUCGCCGCAUUCCUCCCAGUCCAGGACCCAGUCUCCCCAGAGGCUGGCCAGCCAAGCGUCAAGACCCACCAGGUCCCCGAGUGGCAGCGGGUCUCGGAGUAGAUCAUCAAGCAGUGACUCCAUCAGCAGCAGCAGCAGUACCAGCAGCGACAGCAGCGACUCCAGCAGCAGUUCAAGUGAUGAGUCUCCAGCCCGGUCUGUUCAGUCCACCGCAGUUCCAGCACCCACCUCCCAGCUGCUUCCAUCUCUGGAGAAAGAUGAGCCACGGAAAAGUUUUGGGAUCAAGGUUCAAAAUCUUCCUGUGCGCUCCACAGACACCAGCCUUAAAGACGGGCUGUUCCACGAGUUCAAGAAGUAUGGGAAGGUGACGUCUGUACAGAUUCACGGGGCCUCUGAAGAGCGCUAUGGGCUGGUGUUCUUCCGGCAACAGGAGGAUCAGGAGAAAGCACUGAAUGCCUCCAAAGGGAAGCUCUUCUUUGGCAUGCAGAUUGAUGUUACGGCGUGGAUAGGCCCAGAAACAGAAAGCGAGAAUGAGUUUCGGCCUUUGGAUGAAAGGAUAGACGAAUUUCACCCAAAAGCAACAAGAACUCUCUUCAUUGGCAAUCUGGAAAAAACCACCACGUAUCAUGACCUUUGCAAUAUUUUUCAGCGUUUUGGAGGGAUAGUGGACAUUGACAUCAAGAAAGUGAAUGGCGUCCCCCAGUAUGCCUUCCUGCAGUACUGCGACAUUGCCAGUGUGUGUAAAGCAAUCAAGAAAAUGGAUGGGGAAUACCUUGGAAAUAAUCGGCUGAAGCUGGGCUUUGGGAAGAGCAUGCCCACCAACUGCGUGUGGAUAGAUGGUCUUUCGACCAGCAUAACGGACCAGUAUUUGACGCGCCAUUUCUGCCGCUAUGGGCCUGUGGUCAAGGUGGUGUUUGACCGCUUAAAAGGCAUGGCUCUCAUUCUCUAUAAUGAGAUUGAAUAUGCACAAGCAGCUGUAAAGGAGACCAAGGGGAGGAAGAUAAGCGGAAAUAAGAUCAAGGUGGAUUUUGCCAACCGUGAGAGUCAGAUGGCGUUCUACCAUACCAUGGAGAAGACGGGCCAGGAUAUCCGAGACUUCUAUGAGGUGCUGGCAGAGAGAAGAGAUGAAAGAAGAGGAUCGUACGACUAUGCUGCUGACCGCACUUACUAUGAGGCUGUGAGAACUCCCGGGACAUAUCCUGAAGAUCCUCGAAGAGAGUAUCCAGCUCGUGGUAGGGAAUUUUAUGCAGACUGGGAUCCUUAUCAAGGAGACUAUUAUGACCCACGCUACUAUGAUGAUCCACGGGAAUACAGAGAUUACAGAGGUGACCCUUACGAACAAGACAUCAGGGAAUACAGUUACAGGCAGCGGGAGCGGGAGCGAUUCGAAACUGACCGGGACCAUGAAAGGAGGCCGAUCGAACGGAGUCAGAGUCCUCAUUCCCGGCGGCCACAAAGCCCAGGAGCAUCUCCAUCACAGUCUGAGAGACUGCAGAGUGACUCCGAGAGGAGGAUUUACAGCAGGUCUUCAGAGCGAAGCGGUAGCUGCAGCUCACUUUCUCCACCACGCUAUGAAAAACUGGACAAAGCCCGUCUGGAGCGCUAUGCAAAAACUGAGAAGGCAGAAAAAGAGAGAGCCUUUGAGCCAGAGAGACCUGACAAAGACAAGCGGCUGGUUAGGAAAGAUAAAACAGAAAAACUUGAAAAAGAUAAAAUGGACAAACAAAAACGAAAAGCCAAAAUUCAUUCUCCUAGCUCUCAGUCGUCUGAGACAGACCAAGAAAACGAGAGAGAGCCCAGUCCAGAGAGGUUAAAAGGCAGCAUUAAGCAGAGCAGGGAGAGAGCGGAAAAAGAAGGGCCAGCUAAGAACCGCCUCGAACUGAUGCCGUGCGUAGUGUUGACUCGAGUAAAAGAGAAGGAAGGGAAAGUGAUUGACCAGCCAGCUUUGGAGAAAUUGAGAGGGAAGCAAGAAAAUGACACAAUGAAGUCUUCCUUGCCUGAGCCAAAACUGCAGCUAUCCCAGGCAGAGUUCGCCAAGUCUGAUCAGCUGAAACUUGAGCCCAUUAGAGCUAAGGUGCCAAAGGAGAAGAUGCUUGCCAGUCACGUUGAAGUGGUUGAUAAGGAUGGGAAAUUGAAGCCCAAGAAGCACCUGAAGGCAGAACUGCCAAGUGAAGUGGCAAACCCAGUUGACCUGGAAAAGCUGGAGGCUCGCAGAAGGCGCUUUGCAGAUGUCAGCCUGAAGCCUGAGAAGCAAAAACUGGAAAUCAAAAGAAGUGCUCAGGAGGAGGAGGAGGCGGCGGCGGCGGCAGUGGCGGCACGAGUGGUUCUGAAAAAGCAGACUGAUGUUUCAGUGGAAUCUGAACGGAAGUCCUUGAGGAAAGAAGCAUUUAAAAGGGAUUCUAAGAAAAUUAAGGUGGAAAGAUUCAUUCCUGUUGCCAGUCCCAAAGAUACUCCAGAGCCUACAAGCAUUUUUGCGGGUGUCAGUUCACGGCCCAAUUUGGAGCUGCAGGCCAGGCUGGGAGAGCCAGUGGAUGAACCUGUGGAAGCCCCUGAGAUCCCUUAUGCAAGGAAGGUCAGUUCAGUGAAACUGCAGCACAAACACCCCCCCCAGCUGCUGGGUGAUCAAGGAGCGGAGAGAGAUGAUGUACGGAAACAUUACAGCAGUCUUCCAGAAGAAAUGCCUGACCACAGACAUGUCCAAGAGAAGCCCCUGUCGUUGGAGAUUGAAGAGAAAAUUCCUAUUGACAUUGAUCACACGCAGAGUUACCGGAAACAAAUGGAGCAAAGUCGCAGGUUAAAGCAGCAAAUGGAAAUGGAAAUAGCAAAGUCUGAGAAGUUUGGCAGUCCAAAGAAAGACCUAGAUGAGUAUGAAAGGCGGAGCCUGGUGCAUGAGGUGGGGAAGCCCCCCCAAGACGUGACUGAUGACUCCCCCCCCAGCAAGCGUAAGAAGUCAUCUGAUGCUUUUGAUUUUGAAAUUAGCACCAAGAGGGAGAGAAACUAUCGAAGCUCUCGUCAAGUGAGUGAAGAUUCUGAGAGAAUGGCUUGUUCUCCAAGCCUCAAACCUUUUCCUUUCCAUGAGGAGGACGAGGCGCUGGAUUCCCCAAGGCUGAUACCUUUAAAAGAAGCCAAAGAAUCACCGAAAACAGAUGAAAGGGGCCCUGCAUGUUCUAAUAUGGCCAUUAGAGAGGAUCCUCUGAAGUUUAAUCCCUAUGAUUCCAGUCAGAGAGAACCGGUGGCAGAAGUGGCCAAAAUAAAACUCUCUUCGAUGAAUCCCGAGGAGGAAUCCAACCGGUGGGAACCCCCAGUGAAACCGGAGCCUGGCCGAGUGGAUAUCAGCUUCCCCAGUAGCGCCGUCAAAAGGGACGGCCUUCGGAAACGGUCGAUUCGAGACCUGGAGCCAGGAGAGGUGCCUUCGGACUCCGAUGAGGAUGGCGACAGCAAGGCCCGGUCUCCUAAGGCCUCUCUGCUGCUGGAGAGCUCCCGCUUGUCUUUUUUAUUAAGGGACAGGGAAGAGAAGCUACGUGAGAGGGAGGACAGGCUGCCAACCUCACUGGAGAGGAACAAAUUCUAUUCUUUUGCCCUGGACAAAACUAUCACACCUGACACAAAAGCCUUGCUGGAGAGAGCCAAGUCUCUCUCCUCAUCCAGGGAAGAAAACUGGUCUUUUCUCGACUGGGACUCAAGAUUUGCUAGUUUUAGAAACAACAAGGACAAGGAGAAGGUGGAUUCUACUCCAAGGCCAAUCCCCCCAUGGUAUAUGAAAAAGAAGAAAAUCAAAACUGAUUCCGAAGGGAAGCUGGACGAUAAGAAAGAAGAUCAUAAAGAGGAGGAGCAAGAGAGGCAGGAGUUGUUUGCCUCACGAUUCUUACACAGCUCGAUCUUUGAACAAGACUCAAAGCGCUUGCAGCAUUUGGAAAGGAAGGAUGAAGACCUGGACUUCCUUUCUGGCAGACUAUAUGGGAGGCAGUCUUCUCUGGAUGGGACCAACAGUGUCCCAGAUGUCUUGGUGCAAGAGCCAGUGGUUCUCUUCCAUAGCAGGUUUGUUGAACUCACUCGCAUGCAGCAGAAGGAGAAGGAAAAGGACAGGAAGCCCAAAGAAGCUGAAAAGCAGGAAGAGAAGGAGGACCGCCCCAAAACACCCGAGGUGACAGUGCCCGAGAAGAAGGAGCCUGAGCAGCAGUCUCCCGUGAUUGUGGGUCCCAUGCCAGUGGCUCCGGCCUUUCAAGACCCAGAGAAGGCCACAAACGAAAAGUUACCAGCCGAGCUGCCCACUUCCAAAGAAGAGAAGGCCCCUGAGCUCGGUCCGGAAGCCGAAGAGCCUCUUCCAGAGCUUGUUGUCCCUGUGAAAGCUGAACUGCCUGAGCCACCUCUUGACGCAGCUGCAGAAGAUAAAGAUGCUGCUCCUUCCGCUGCAGAUCCUGAGGAGGCCGCAGUCUCUGUGGAGAACCCUUUGUAUUUGGAUGCCAAGCCACCUACGCCUGGAUCUUCUUUUUCCCAAGCAGAUGUCAUCAGCACAGACCCAGAAGCAGUUGCAGCCCCUCCACAAUUGGCCACGGUGGCUGAGGAAUCGUUGGAACCUAAAGAAGACAGCCUUGCAGUGGCCCCCGGGCCAGAACCUGCUGCCGGUCAGAAAGCGGAGGCAGUGGCUGAGGCUCUCCCCGCAGCUUCUGAUACAGAGGUGGAAGCCGAGCCUCCGGUCGUGAAGGACAAGCGGCCUUGCAAGAGCAAGAGGUCCAGAACUCCUGUCCAGUCUGCUCCUGCAAACAUUACCGAUAAACCCAUCACGAGGAAGAGUGAAAGGAUUGACCGUGAAAAACUGAAAAGAUCCGGCUCUCCCCGUGGGGAAGUGCAGAAGCUUCUCGAAUUGAAAGGAGAAGCAGAGAAGACUUUGAAAAAUGCAGCUAAAUCUCCAAGCGCAACGGCGGAGUCAGACAACCCAGAGCCGAGCCUACCUGUCGGCCGAACAAGGCGCAGAAAUGUCAGGUCAGUUUAUGCUACCCCAGGAGACCACGAAGGUCCCUCGCCUGUGAAAGAUCCUGUGGAGCUGACCAGGUCUACCAGAAAAAGAGCCGAAAGAGAGCCGCCCGAGAUUGUAGUUGUUCCUACUCCUCCCAAAAGAGGCCGGCCUCGAAAGUCACGUCACAAACCUGAGGAGGAGAUCUCUCCGGUCAAGACAGAGUCGGUACAGCUGGAAGCAGAAGAAGCAGAAGCAGUGGAGACCCCUAAGCCUGUGGAGGGGUGGAGGUCCCCCAGAUCCCAGAAGCUGCUGCACAGCCACUUGUCGGCUGCCAGUGGUCAGCAAGGGAAAAAAGGCCGGGCAGAACCAAAGGUUGAGGUCCCAGCAGAUCCCGAAGAGCCACCUGAACUACCUGGCCAUGGUUCGAAUGUGGGAGAAAAUGGCAGUAAGAUCAAGGCAGACAAAGAAACCGCUGCUGGUGAACCAAAGCGAGAAAAGAAGGAUGCUGACGUGGAGAAAAGCCCUCCUGAAGCCUGCACGACUGAGAUUGUAGAAAGAAAACCUCCCCCAGAGAAGAUGACCAAGUCCAAGAGGGGAAGAUCUAGAAACAUCAAGGCUGUUGACAAAGCGUCCUUGAUUAAGAGCCUGAAGAGUGUCGAAAUUCGGCUCAAUGUGGACGAGGUCAGAGGCGCUCUACGGCCAAGUGAAGAGGAGAUGGAACCCCUGCCAGCAUCACCCAGAAACAAAAGUCCUCAGAAGGAAGACAAGUUGCCUGCCCAUUUCCCAAAGAGUGAAGCAGAAGACCCCUUUCAGGACCCCGAGCAGAACACCCCCUCUGAGCCAACGCAGUCUCCUGAAGCAGCCCAGUUGGCCAAGCAGAUAGAACUUGAGCAGGCGGUGGAGAAUAUUGCCAAGCUCACGGAAGGCCCCACACUUGCCGCCUAUAAGGAGCAGGCAGCAGAGGUUGCCGAGGUCCGCCAGGAAGAAGAGGGAGACAAGCCUGCCCAUCAGGCGAGUGAAACGGAACUGGCAGCAGCCAUUGGCUCCAUCAUGAAUGACAUUUCUGGGGAGGCAGAGAGCUUCCCUGCUCCCCCUCCCUACCCCGCGGAGUCAGAAUCCGAGAUGCCCGCAGAGCCAUCUGUGCUGCCCUCUGCCCGGGAGGAGAUGGAGCCUGAGACAGACCAGGCCGUUAGCAACAUUUUGGAAUCGGAAGCAGCCGCUGCGGCUGAGACCCCAGGCCCCCCAGCCCCCCCUGGGUCUGCUGCCUCGGCCACAGCAGCCACAAGCAAGGAGGCCGAGGUGAGUUUAAGCGAGUCUUCUGGUUCAGCACAGGAAGCAGAGGCCCCUCAGGAGGCUGAUGGAUCUCGGAAGGAAAGGGGCCGCCAGAAGACCACCCGGCCAAGGAGGAAACGGAGCACAAGCAAAAAGGGAGAUACUGCCGAACUGAGGACCGCUGAGUCCGAAAGCAUGCCGAGCAAAUCCCCCCUUGCCAGUGAAGGGAAAGGGAAACUGGAGGACAGCGUGAAAGAGGACAGGCCCGGCAAGGAUCCCCCCCCCGCCUCUCCCGAGCCCCCCGCCAUGCCAGGCAUCGGCCAGGCUCCACCCCAGGAGGAGGAGGCAUCCCAGAAGCUUGCUCCCGAAAGCGCCCCCCUGCCCAAACCUCCCAAUCCACGGGAUCUGCCGCCUCCUGCCGACGAUGUGAGCCAGACCGGGCUGAAGCUACGCUCGGCCUCUGAACGUGCUCCUGCAGCUCCGCCGAAUGCCUCGAGCCCACCCGUGGCCACCCUUCCCUCGGCCACCGCAGCCAAGCUCGUGGCCCCCGUCUCUGCAGGACAGGCUCCCCUUCACUCCAGCGCAGCUAAGGUGACAGAAUGGAUUGUGAAGCACGAGGAGACCCGGGCACGCUCCACCCCUCCUCCCGCUCUUCUCCCCGAUACAAAGGCCUCGGAUAUCGACCCCAAUUCCAGCACUUUGCGGAAGAUCCUGAUGGAGCCCAAGUACGUGUCUGCCACCAGCAUUGCCUCCACGCAGGUCACGGCCGCCAUCUCUGAGCCGGUGAGUGCCCCUCGUGUGGCAGAGGCGCCACCUCACCCCCCAGCCGAGACCGUGAGGCCGGGAGCAGAGGGGCACCCCGCCGCCCCCGCCCCCAACGCUUUGGACUCCCCUGCCGCAGAGGCCCCCGCCUUCAUGGAGAAGGAGAAGGUCGUGACGGUCCUUGCCCCCAAGGCCACGUCGGUGAUCAGCAGGAUUCCCCCGAACAUCGAUCUAGAGGAAGCCCCCAGAAUCACCCUGGCGAGGCCAGCGCCCACCCCACCCACCUGCCUCAUCAGCUCCCUCCCUCUGAAGCACAAGCAGAGGCUGAGUGCAAACGACGACAGCCGCUUCCCGCCCGGGUCCAUGCCCGUGAUUGAAGACCGGCCGGCCGAGAGCGGCUCCAGCCCGGGUCUUCGGGUCAACACGUCGGAAGGUGUUGUGCUGCUGAGCUGCUCGGGACAGAAGACGGAAGGCCCGCAGAGGAUCAGCGCCAAGAUCAGUCAGAUCCCUCCCGCGAGCGCCGUCGACAUUGAGUUCCAGCAGUCCGUCUCCAAGACCCAAAUCAAGCAGGAGCCUCUUGGCCCGGGUCCGCCAGCCCCCAAGGCCUCUCAGGCAGCCGCAGGAUACGGGAGCGCCUCGGUCCCUGCGGCGGCACUGGUGCUGGGCACUCAGCAGCAGUACGGCUCUUCGCCGGUGCUCACCGCCAUUAAACAAGAGCGUGGCAGUUUGGAGAAAUCCGAAGUCGUGCACCUUUCUGCCCCGACCCCUGCCUCUCAGCCUGGCCCGGUGAAGGUCCUCUCUCAGCCCAGCAACACUCCGCCCAUCCUGGUCCACAGCCAGAUGGUGCUCCCUCAGAGCCUGGCUUCCAGCACCAAGAAGCUUCCAGACCCAGCAGCAGCAGCGCUGAAGGUGGAGCCCAAGGCCCUCCAGCCUCCGAGCCUGAGCACCGGGGUGGGCCCUCAUCACCCCUCCUUGUCUGGCAAGAUGCAUGCAGACACCAACCACGUGAGUGUGGGGCCCGGCACCCCAGCCGACCGGGCGGUUCCUCACCUGGGCGUCUCGAAGCAGGAGCCCCUAUCCCCCCGGACGAGUGGACAUUCUCCUUCGCCAUUCCCAAGGGCCUGUCACCCGGGGGGCCCUUCUUCCCCGGCCUCGGUCAUGUUGGGCAUCCAGGGGUCUCCUUGCCCGGGGAUCCCCGUGCCGCAGUACAUCUCCAGCAUGCACCCUGAGCAGUCUGUGAUCAUGCCUCCCCACAGCGUCACCCAGACCGUGUCCCUGGGCCACCUCUCCCAGGGGGAGGUGCGAAUGAACACCCCUCCCCUGCCCGGCAUGCCCUACAGCAUCCGCUCGGAAGCGCUCCACUCUCCCCGGGCAGCUCUGCAGCCGCCGCGGUCCAGCACGCCCCAGCCAGCCCCUGUCAGAGAGAUCGUCAUGCCGCCCCUGUCUUCCCAGCAUUCCCCGGAAGAGGAGAUGCACUAUCACCACACGGUGUGCCGGGGGUCGGCCCCCGUGCAGUCAGAUGUGCUGGUCAUGCAGCCCGAUUUCCGCAUGCACCCGACCGGCAUCCGGCUGGACCAGUACAAUGUGCCCCGGGAUGUGAGGAUGAUGAUGCACCCACACAUGGUGGCGGUGGGGGGCGAGCAUCACCCGGAGACGCGGCAGUCCAGGACCCCAGAAGGGGGAUCGGUCAAGACGCCGCCUGCCCCCAAGACCCUCCCGCCCGUCAAAGAGGCCCCCAAGUCUUCGGAAGUCAAGCUGGCUCACUCGCCACACAGCGAGCCGCGGCUCCUCAGCGGCCAGCUGCCCGGCCUGCCUCUGACCCAGCCGGUGGUCGUGCCGCACGGCGUCCAGAUCAUGCAUCCUGCCGGGAGCUCCUUCCACGACUACCGCACGGUGUACGGCGACAUCCGGAGCUACCACCCAGCAGCAGCUCAGCUGGGCCCGCCCGCCUUCUCGGGGGCUCCCGCCAUGGGGCUGCCUUCCCGGAGCAUGACCCCCUCCCAGGGUCUGCCCGAAGGGGAGCAUUCGCAUCCGAGUCAGCCGGCUCACAGCAAAACGCCGCAGCACUCCCAGGAGCCCAAGGGGGCUCAGGCGGCAGGGCCGGAGCUGACACACCACUCGGCUGUCAGCCGGCACGUCCCGCCGAUGGAGGCCCACGUGCACCUUCCGAGAGCCCCGGCAGAGGCAGGCCCGGCCUCCUAUCCUUCUCCCGUGGCCAUUUCUGUGAAGCAGGAGCUCCCUUCCCCACACCAGGCCCAGGCCGCGCAGAAGGCCGCCCUCUUCAUCCCGACCACCACCGGUCCCGGCGUCCCUCCCGGACUGUCACUCUCCCGCCCGGAACCUCAGUCGGCGCUCAAACAGGACCCGGUUUCUCAGAGGCCAGUGGACAUGGUCCAGCUUCUGACGAAGUACCCGAUUGUGUGGCAGGGCCUCUUGGCCUUGAAGAAUGACACCGCCGCGGUCCAGCUGCACUUUGUCUCUGGCAACAACGUCCUGGCGCAUCGCUCCCUGCCUGCUCCCGAAGGGGGGCCUCCCUUGCGCAUUGCCCAGCGCAUGAGGCUGGAAGCAUCCCAGUUGGAGGGCGUGGCACGCAGGAUGAUGGUGGAGAGCGAUUAUUGCCUGCUGCUGGCCCUGCCCUGCGGGCGAGACCAAGAGGACGUGGUCAGUCAGACGGAGUCGCUGAAGGCUGCCUUCAUCAGCUACCUGCAGGCCAAGCAAGCUGCCGGCAUCAUCAACGUUCCCAAUCCCGGUUCCAACCAGCCAGCGUACGUCCUGCAGAUCUUCCCGCCCUGCGAGUUCUCCGAGAGCCAUCUGUCUCGCCUCGCCCCAGACCUCCUUGCCAGUAUCUCCAACAUUUCGCCUCACCUAAUGAUUGUCAUCGCAUCAGUCUGAGCAGCUUACCAGUUGCGGACGCGUCUGCCCAAGGCACGGGAGCCAACGCGGAGGGGCAGCACUGUGUGGACGGACAGCCGAGCAGCUGCCUCCGGCCUCAGUGGGACUCAAGCAAAAGGUGCCACUGGGUCAGUGGCCUCACCACCGUUGUAUGUUUACAUGUGGCUUUAGCUACGAUGGACGUCGGAGGCACUCUUCGAGGCAGACUGCUCUUGGGUUUGGUGCCUCCUUUUGGGGGGGAAAUUAAAGGAAGGCUAUUUUUUUUAUUUACAAGACAGAUUUUAAAAAAAAGGAACCAGAACUGCCUUUGCACUAAAUAGUGACGUUGGACCUUUGCACAGUGGAAGACAUGUUGUGGCGUUCUGAAUGGAUGUCUCGAUACACACACGGACUUGGAAGCUCAGGAGCCGGGACAGUCGGCUCCUUUCGGCGGGACAAGGAGCGCUCCCACAGUCCCUCCCGCAAGCCUCCCUUUCGCCUCCCCUCU